CAGAAGACCUUCAUUAUGCAAAUAAACAUCUCUAAACCAAUAACCACAGAUAAGUCAUUGCAUUAUAGCUCUGAGGAGCAGACAGUCAGAGCUGGUAUAGAGCGGACAGUGACGGGUGUGGCAGAAAUUGAAUUUGGAUACAUUCAAUUCAAGAUUUUGAAAUCCUCACUUGCAAAACAACUGGCCGACUCCAACCUGCCCUCUCUGCUCUGUUCGCCGCCGAAGAUGAAACCGAAGGCUUUGCUUUGGCUCUUGCUGCUGCUCAAUUGGGAGCUUUCCUCGUGCACACAUCUACGGGUGAUACCUGGUUCCUCACUGGAGCUGCCCUGCCUUUCGUUUCAAACUGGCUACACUGGAGCGGCCAUCACCUGGAAAUUCAAUGGCGAAGAUGUGCCUGUCAUCGCCCAGUCACGUGACUCGCCUCGAGUUCGACAAGGCGGCUUGUAUCUCUCAUUAUCGCCGGUUACUGCUGCCAACGAGGGCGAGUACUUGUGUCUGACGAAGGAGAACAACAUGGAGAUGACAAGGACAUACCGCAUCACAGUCGAUGUCUUCUUUAAGUAUACUAUAAGGGUAUUUGAGGGCGUCAGUGCUCACCUGCCGUGCCAUUUCCCACCUUCCAACCAAGUCAAGACCAAUGCACUUUGGUUCAAAGAGACAAAUCUUGACGAGAGGACACAGCUUCCCCUUGAAGACGAUGAUAGCAGAGUAGAACGGCUUUAUCCACUGGACCACGAUCAGGCCAUCCUAAUCAAAGACAUUGUCAAGGAGGAUGCUGGAAAUUACAUAUGUCAGUCUGCUGAGGGAGAGAGUCUGAGCUCUGUGUAUGUCAUUGUUGAAGUUUCUCCUACCGCUGUUCCUCACUCCUGCAGUGGCUUCACCACACCGUGGGAGCCCUGCCAGGACAGGAACAGUCGCACAGCGGGGCCCAUGUUGCAGGAAUCCAUCACGGGGUUUUCCAUGAAGCUGUAUUCUUACCUCAGAGAAUCACAACCCUCCAGCAACUUGCUCUUCUCUCCGAUGAGUAUCAGCGGGUUGCUGUCCCAUUUGUUGUUAGGUACAAGGGACGACACACGUAAAGCCAUGGAGAGGGCUAUCUGUCUGCCUCAUGACUUCCAUUGUGUUCACCUCCAGAUGAAGAAGCUGAGAGAGAAGUUGGCCAGUUCCUUGCAGAUGGCUUCUCAGAUCUACUACAACCCAAAAAUGAACCUCAGCCGGUCCUUUACUAACCAGUCAAUCCAGUUCUAUGACGCGGAGCCCGCCAGGUUGCUGGAAACCAGUGAGGAGAACGCACAGAUGAUCAACAGCUGGGUGGCCAAUAAGACUAACAAUACAAUCCAACACUUGGUCGACGCCGUACCACCCAGUACUCAGCUGAUGCUGCUCAACGCUGUCUCCUUUAAUGGUCAGUGGAAGGUCAAGUAUGAUACGAAACCCAAGAAAGGACUUUUCACAAAACUGGAUGGCGAUAUGGUGAAGGUGCCGCUCCUCUAUCACCCCAAAUACAUGGUGGCUAUGAAUUACGUUGUUGAGCUGAAGGCACAGGUGGCAAGGUUCGCCCUCACGGGAGACGCCAGUCUUUACGUCCUGCUGCCUCAGUCCAGCAAAGUGACGGACCUGCAGCAGGUGGAGGAGAGGAUGACAGAAACGACUGUGCGUCAAAUGAUAGAACAAAUGGAAGCAACAUCUCCGCAGCAUGUCGAGGUCACUCUGCCCCAAAUUCGGCUGAAUAUCCAGACAGACAUGAACACGCUUAUCAAGAAAUUAGGGCUUUCGUCCCUCUUUGAGGGCGCCAACUUUUGUGGUCUCUGCUCGGAGGAGAGGGUUGUUCUGGACGAUGCCAGACACAGAGCCUUCCUCUCCCUGACCGAAACAGGAGUGGAGGCCGGGGCCGUCACCAGCACGUCUUACUCUCGCUCCUUCCCGUCCUUCUCUGCACUGCGGCCUUUCAUCAUGCUGCUGUGGAGUGACCCGUCCAACGUGCCACUCUUCAUUGGCAGAGUUACCGACCCGUGAGAGAAAGGAGGAUCUAUUGUUGUAUUAGCACAACAUAAACUCAGUAGCAGCUUUGCUUCAAGUAGUCACUGAGCUUGAUGAUGAUGAUGAUGAAUAAACACAUUAUCAACACAACCUA